AAGAACAUUCAUCUUCUCCAUUGUCUCUCAGCUUGAGCUUCUCUCUCAUACGAAAGAACUCAAGCUUCAAAACUUUAAUAUCGUUAAUACGCCGCCGUUUUUCACUCUUAAAUUCAUAUCGUCAUCAUCUUACCAUCCUUAACAAAAUGCAAGCCGCUACGUCGUGUGAUCUCAAGUUCCGAUCAACAAAUCUGACGGCUAAUACUGCACGUCCCACCAACGCGAUGUCAAAGCGCGUGUUGAACGUCAAGUGCGGUUACAGGUCGGAGCCGUUCAGUUUCCGCAACGGCGUCUCCGUGAGCCGAGCAGAUUGGCAAAGCUCAUGCGCCAUUUUAUCAAGCAAAGUUGCCUCUGUUGAAGAUCCCGGUGGUUUCGCCGCCGUUGAUGCUCACAAGAACGGCUCCGUCGAUCUCAGCCUCGUUCCCGUCGAGACAACAACCAACGGAAAAUUAUCACAGGCUCAACCGCUAACGAUCACCGACCUAUCUCCGGCUCCGUUGCACGGUUCUAACCUCCGAGUAGCUUAUCAAGGAGUUCCCGGAGCUUACUCGGAAGCAGCCGCCGGAAAAGCAUAUCCAAAUUGCGAAGCCAUUCCGUGCGACCAAUUCGACGUCGCGUUUCAGGCGGUCGAGCUUUGGAUCGCCGACAGAGCCGUCCUUCCCGUGGAGAAUUCCCUCGGCGGUUCGAUUCACCGGAACUACGAUCUCCUCCUCCGCCACCGUCUCCACAUCGUCGGCGAAGUUCAGAUCCCGGUCCACCACUGUCUCCUCGCGCUUCCGGGUGUCCGAACGGACUGCGUGUCGCGAGUUAUAUCUCACCCGCAGGCGCUGGCUCAGACGGAAAGAUCACUCGACAGACUCACCCCACGCGCGGCGCGUGAGGCCUUCCACGAUACGGCGGCUGCGGCAGAGUAUAUAUCCGCUAACGGCCUCCACGACACUGCGGCUGUGGCGAGCGCGCGCGCCGCUGAGCUCUACAGCCUCCAGAUUUUAGCCGACGGGAUCCAAGACGACACAGGGAACGUCACGCGGUUCCUGAUGUUGGCGCGUGAACCAAUCAUACCGCGCACGGACAGGCCUUUUAAAACUAGCAUCGUCUUUGCGGCUCAGGAACACAAAGGAACCAGUGUCCUCUUCAAAGUCCUCUCGGCCUUCGCUUUCCGAAACAUCAGCUUGACCAAGAUCGAGUCGCGGCCGCACCACAACCGCCCUCUCAGGGUUGUCGGAGACGGGAGCUUCGGGACGGCGAAGAACUUUGAGUAUAUGUUCUACGUUGAUUUCGAGGCGUCCAUGGCGGAAACGCGUGCACAGAACGCGCUUUCAGAGGUUCAGGAGUACACGUCGUUCCUAAGGGUGCUGGGAAGUUACCCCAUGGAUGUUACGCCAUGGUCCAUGUCACCCACCGAAGAUGCAUGAUUCAUCGAACAUAAACUAAACGCACCCACAUACGUUUAUUUAAUUAUAAUGUUUUUUGUGUGAAAACUGUAAUAUAUCACUGAAAUAUUAAACGAACAUUUAGAUUUUGUUA